AGUCGCCAACAUCGUUGGAACAGAAAGAGCCUGGGGACUGUGACCAAUUUAUAUCGCGCCACCAUCUCUACCGUCCAUUCGGGUUGUUAACAAUUCCUCUUCUGGCUUGCAGCUUGCCUUGCUUACUUUUUCUACGCCGCCGCGUUCCGUGCUCGAAAGCCAUUCAUACCCAUAUUUAUACGUUUCCUCUUGCAAUCGAGACUCUUGCUUGUCAAUCAACUACUUCGGUUGAGGUGAAAACCAAGAUGACGUCGCUCCAAAGGCUCACAUUGAAGUUGGUGGGAGGCAUUAUCGGCCUUGCAUUUGAGCCAGCCAUCACCGGCUCGACUCUGGCUGCAAUGAGGUUCCUACCUGAGAAUGUACAGCGUCAAUUCCUAGAACUAGACUUCAUUCCUUCUUGGAUCCAGGAUGACAAAGUGAAACUUGGAUUAUGGAUCCUCCUUGCACUAGGCUUUGGGAAGCGCCUAAACCGCGCGCUUAAUACACUGGCGACCAACAAUUGGCGCAUCUCCGCCCAGGAAGGAUGGAAAUGGGAUGAGGAGAUUGCAGUGGUUACCGGCGGUAGCAACGGUAUUGGUAAACAGAUUGUCCUUGGGCUUGUCAAAAGAGGCGUCCGUGUCGCCAUUCUUGACGUACAAGAACUCCCCGAGGAUCUGAAGGAGAACCCCUCCGUCUCCUACUUCAAAUGCGACGUCACCUCCGCCUCCGACACUAACGAGGCUAUCGAAUCCGUCCGCAAAACCCUCGGCGACCCCUCCAUCCUCGUCAACAAUGCCGGCAUCGGCGGCUCGUACCCCAUCCUCCACACGCCCGACGACUACCUCCAUAAAAUCAUGGGCAUCAACCUCCUGGCACAUUGGACCACCACGAAAGCCUGCCUCCCGAGUAUGAUCGCGCAGAACAAGGGGCACAUCGUCACGAUCGCGAGCAUGGCAUCGUACCUCGCGCUACCGGCCGGUAUCCCCUACUCCGCCAGCAAGGCGGGCGCGCUCGCCUUCCACGAGGGGCUGACGUGCGAAAUCAAGCACGUCUAUAAGGCGCCGGGGAUCGUCACGACGGUUGCCCAUCCGAGCUGGGUGCGGACCGAUAUGACGGCCAAGGACGCGAAGCAGAUUGAGAAGGGGGGGAAGAUGAUGACGCCGGAAUACGUUGGGGGUCGCAUUGUGGAGCAGAUUUUCAGUCGGAAGGGCGCGCAGUUGAUCCUGCCGGAUAAUUUAUGGGCGGCGUCGGGGAUUCGGUGGUGGCCGAAUUGGUUGCAGGAAAUUGCUCGAGACGCGAUCGGACGGCCGGUUGGACGGGCCAUUAAUAGAGGGCGGAAGAAGUCGGAUGGUUCCCGGUCUUGA